UUAACAGCCAAUGAGAAAGAUUGUCGUUAUUAAAUUAGAAGGGAAAUGACAUACUCAUACAAAAGUUAUACGCUCGUUGUAUAUAAGGCCUACUCAUAAUAACCGAUGCGGUUCUUAUUAUAUUUGGCAGCCACUACAAGAAAAAGGUGUGCGACAACAUCGAUUGGUCAGAAGGGCGCUAGAGAAAGAAGAAAUCCCGGUAUUAUCUCUCCUUCCCAAUUAUUUGAAGAUCUAAAACCCAAAAAGCCCACUUACAAGCAUUUGCAGAUGGGUAAUAUCUCUGGUGGAGGUCAUGGAAGGAGGACUGCAAAGUCAAUGGAUGAGAGUGAAUGUGAAAUUACAUCACCCAGAAUUAGAUUAAAUGAUGGCAGAUUUUUGGCUUACAGAGAAAUUGGAGUUCCUAAAGAACAAGCUGAUUUCAAGAUCAUCAUUGUUCAUGGAUUUGGCAGUAAUAAAGACAUGAGUUUUUCUGCACCUCAAGGGCUAAUUGAAGAAUUGAAGAUAUAUAUGCUGCUAUAUGAUAGAGCAGGCUACGCGGAUAGUGAUCCAAACCCUGAAAGGUCACUCAAAAGUGAAGCAUUAGAUAUUGAGCAACUCGCGGAUCAGUUAGAAUUAGGACCCAAGUUCUAUGUGAUUGGGGUGUCAAUGGGAUCAUAUCCUAUUUGGAGUUGCCUCAAGUAUAUACCACACAGGCUGCAAGGUGUAGCUUUGGUGGCUGCAGUUGUCAAUUAUUCCUGGCCCUCUCUCCCUAAAAGCCUAAUCAAAGACGACUUCAGAAGAAAUCUUGUUAAAUUAACUCUUUUUGUUUUGAAACAUAUGCCCAGUUUACUAUAUUGGUGGAUGAACCAGAAGUGUCUCCCUACGGCAAAUGUAAUGGAGAAGAAUCCUGUAUUUUUCAGCGAAAGAGAUCAGGAAGUUCUGAAAAGAACUCCAGGAUUUGAACUGCUCAGUGAGAACAAAAUAGAACAGAGAAGUAUAUUUGAUAAUCUUCGAGGUGAUAUAUUGGUGGGACUUAGUAAAUGGGAGUUCGAUCCAUUGAAACUAAACAAUCCAUUUCCCAAAGACGAGUCAGUUCAUCUAUGGGUAGGCUAUGAAGAUAAGGUUGUUCCAGUUGAACUUCAAAGACAUGUUAUGGAAGAAUUACCUUGGAUCAAGUACCAUGAAAUUCCUCAUGGCGGCCAUUUGAUUGUGUAUGACACUGAAGUAUGUGAAUCCAUCUUAAGGGCACUCUUGCUCAACGAAGAACCUGCAAAAUAUAUACCGUUACCUGGUACUCCAAAGCUGAUAGCAGCAUCAUAAUUUUUAAUUUUUUUACAUUUUUUAUCUGUUGCACCUAUUCUCAAUACUUGAAUGGUGAUAUUUGUGAAGAAAAAAAAAAAUUAAAUUCUGAUUUGUAAAAAGAACGUGUUUGAUGUGUAAUAGCUCUUAAUCUGAACUCUGAAGCAUGAGUUAUAACAGGAAAUGAAAUUGGUUUCAUAGCUUUCUA